AUGUCGCCGAAGCGCAAAUCCGGAGCCCAGGCUGAACAAGCCGUGGAGCAGCAAAGGAAGCGCAAAUCGUCCGACAAUGAGAAUGGGAGCACUAAAGAAGGUAGCGAUAAGCCUAGUGAUAGCGAGGUUGACAAUCGCGAGCCGCAUGACUAUUACUGCAUUAACCGUCAUUUCUUCGACAUAGAGAACGAGAACAACGCCAAAGAUGAAGACGACCAGCUGGACGAGGACGAGAUAGACGACCAUUACGACGAGUACCUCAAGAAGAACGGUGCUGCUUUGAAGCCUGCUUCGGACUUCCCAGACCAGAACAAGUGGAUUGCUAUGUGGGAGACCUGGACGGUGAUUUGCGACUAUCGCCGUCGGGCCACCUACACAUGCCCCGACUUCUUCGGCAUGUACGUCUACAACGACUUCAACGGAUAUGGUCUUCAGGAGCUCAUUGAGAACUUGCUUGCAUCUCUUGAUGAAGAGUUGAAGAAGAAGUCCCAUGACGACAAGUCUCUGAAACACAUGUGGGCGAUGUCCGCUGCUUUAAUUCACUGGCUCUUGGUGGAGCAGCUGAACCCAUGGAUGGGCCUGGAUGAUGGCGAACGCGUCCAGGAAACAGUCAGACUGAUUGGUCUGUCCUUCCUGGCCACCCUCAAUGAAAUUGACAAGGCUAGUCUUCUGAAGAAAGAUUCUACGAUCAAGGAUCUCGGCCUCGUCAUGUCGUUGUAUCUCCAGUGGUCCAAUGGACUUGGGGAUUACGGCAUCGAUGGCGAAGAAAAUAUUGGUUGGCGUAAAGACGUUGUUGCAUACGCCAAGAAGGCACGAGUCGACCUCGAGGCAAAUGGCUGCUUCGGGAUCGGUAAGGUGGUUAAAUUACUUGAUGAAGAGCACGAUGGCAUCGAACCGCUUCCCGGGGCUGCCAAAGCUGAUCGAUGGGGUUGGAAGAAGACUCUCACUGCCUACACAAAGAGCUAUGGCAAGCGUGGGAAGAUCGGCGGUGAGCAGUUCAACAUCAUGAAGAUGUCCCGAAAGGAGCGUGCUUCGCAUGCUUUCGACAAGAAGGACCCGCUUGCACAGUUUUCUGAGAAGGAUCUCCGAGAAGGCAAUGUAGCGCUGGCCUGA